AUGGAUAGAACCCCCGUUGAUCUGAAUGCUACGAUAGUUGAGUGUCAAAUAUUGAUGCAUCCAGUACUUGACCCAUCCUUCGAGUUCGAAGCUCCCAAGGAAAGCGGUCAAACCUGGUCUCAGGACCAUGAUGACCCGUGGUUCCACCAGCAUCAUCCUCUCCAUGAGUUCGACUCAUCAAACGAGCAUGGAGAGUCGGAGGACGAGAAGCACGAGCAGGAGCAGGAGCAGGAGCAGGAGCAGGAGCAGGAGCAGGAGCAGGAGCAGGAGCAGGAGCAGGAGCAGGAGCAGGAGCAGGAGCAGGAGCAGGAGCAGGAGCAGGGUCGUUGUCAAGGAGAUCUUCAUAGACAUUCUCGCGGGUGUUUGAGGUCUUCACAGACCGGAUCUUCUUCCGACCGACUCGCGUCAACAGACCCGACGGGCUUGGAGGUGACAGCAAGUGAUGGCGUCUCGCAAGCCUCUGAACAUGCAGCGAGCGGGCGGCUGUCUCCCUCCUCCUCCUCUCCCUGCAGCUCUUCCCCAUCCAGCAGCUCGUCACUCAAAUUUUCGAGGUCGAAGCUCAAGGGAGGAGCUCAAAGGAUCCACCACGACCAGGCUGCCAGCCUAGGCUCCCCUGCUCCUCAUCGUUCCUCUCCCCCACAGGCGGCGAGCGUGUCGGGCUGCCAGCAGGCAGGAGGGGACGGGGAGCUGGUGCGCGCGUGGCUGCAAGAGCUUGGGCUGUCCGGCUGCGUCCGCGUGUUUGAGGAGCAGAAGGUGGACUGCGAGGCGAUCAGCCUCCUCGACGACUCCUCCCUCGCCCUCCUCGGCGUCGUCGCUCUUGGAGAUCGAGUGAAGCUGCGGCAGCGAGCGCAGGCACGAUUGCUCGCGAGCCGUCCGAAAGCGAAACAGGAGAGUGAGGCACAGGAGGAGGGAAGAGAGCACACAAAGAAGGAGGAGGAGGAGAAGGGGGAGGAAGAGAAGGAGAAGGAGAAUGAGAAGCAGGAGGCAGAACAGCAGCUGCAGGUCAAGGUCUCCCCGAGAAACUUCGCAGCGAGCAGGAGGAAGGCAGUGACGGGAGUCGGACGCGUGCUGACAAAGAAGGACAUGAACAUUGUGACGAGCACCAAAGAAGGGAAAGACAAGUCAAGCUGCAGGAAGAAGAAAGAGGGAGAAGCUCCCGCUCUCUCCUCCUCUACCACCUCCUCCUCCUCGUCCGCUCUCGCUGCUCCCUCUUCGGCAAAAGGUCACAAGUCGAUCGAAGAUCUUCUCCGUGAACACAACAAGCAAUUCAAACCGAAAGCUGUCUACGAGCCCAUGAAGGUGAAGAAAACCAUCAAGAUAGAGAUCAUGAAGAUGCUGCUGGUUUCCCACCUUCAAGUUUGCUAA